UGCCCACUUAUUAAUACCCACUCCCAGUACCAAAAUCACCCAACGAAGAAAUGAGGUCUCAAAGUGGAAGAGAUGACAACUCCACCGCCCCGGAACCUAACAAUCAGCCUCCUUUUCACACCGUGGAACGCCAUCCACGGACAGGCCCGAACCGCUUCUUUGCGGCGGUUUACACAUUGGCCAUCCUAGCUCUACUCUACCGCCAUGCGCAAACACUUGUAAAUUCCACCACCCUAGCCUCUUUCUCCUUCACCCUCUCUUUGCUCAUCGCCGAUCUUGUUCUCGCCUUCAUGUGGGCUGCCGCACAAGCUCUCCGGAUGUGCCCUAUUCGUCGUAAACAGUACCCUGAAAACCUCAAAAAGUUUAUCAGAGAAGAAGAAUUUCCAGGGUUGGACGUGUUCGUAUGCACGGCUGAUCCUUACAAGGAGCCGCCGAUUGGGGUGGUGAAUACCGCUUUGUCGUUGAUGGCUUAUGAUUAUCCGACGGAGAAGAUCUCCGUUUACGUAUCGGACGACGCAGGAUCAGCUUUUACUCUUUUCGCCUUCAUGGAGGCUGCUAAGUUUGCAAGCUACUGGUUACCAUUUUGCAGGGAGAAUGAUAUUAUGGAUAGAAGCCCCCAUGUUUACUUUUCUUCGGUUCAUUCCACGAACUCCGACACCGACAAGAUUAAGGAGAUGUAUGAAAACAUGAAGGCGAAAGUUGAAAAUGUAAUGAACAGAGGAGAAGUUAGUGAAAUUUACAUCAACGAUGAUGAAGAACGUGAAGUAUUUAACAAAUGGAAAUCUGGAUUUACUCUGCAAGAUCACCCCACUGUUAUUCAGGUUCUACUAGACAGCCGCCAUAACAAAGACAUCACCGGACAUUUCUUGCCAAAUCUCAUCUAUGUUUCCAGGCAGAAAAGUAAGACGUCACUCCACUAUUUCAAGGCCGGUGCUCUAAAUGUUCUGCUUCGGGUAUCGACGAUCAUGACAAAUGCUCCUUUAAUAUUAACCCAAGACUGUGACAUGUAUUCCAAUGAUCCUACAACACCUCUGAGGAUACUAUGUUAUGUAUAUGACCUUGCCAUUCAACCUACUCUGGGGUUCAUUCAAUUUCCUCAACGAUUUCAAGGCUUGAACAAAGAUGACACCUAUGGAUACGAGUUCAAGCACAUCAUCCGGUUGCAUCCUCGGGGUGCCGAUGGUCUUGGGGGAGCAUAUUACUUCGGGACUGGAACCUUUUUCCGUCGAAGAGCUCUAUUCGGUGAUCCAUCAGCUUGUGUAGAAACGGGAAUCCCUGAACUCAGCCCUGACUAUGUUGUGAAAAAACACAUUAAAUCUCCUGAUGUUUUGGCAUUAGCACAUGGUGUAGCAAGCUGCAACUAUGAGAUUCAGACCCAAUGGGGUUCCAAGAUGGGGUUUAGGUAUGGAUCAUUAGUUGAGGACUUAUUCACAGGUUAUCAGAUGCAUAGUGAAGGAUGGAGGUCCAUAUUUUGCGACCCUGAAAGGGCUGCGUUUCUAGGGAAUGCGCCAAUCAACCUCGUUGAUGCACUGUAUCAAUGGGAGCGAUGGGGGUUAGGCCUACUUGAAAUAGGUUUAUCAAAGUACUCUCCCAUAACUUUUGGAACUCGUACAAUGGGAUUGCCAAUAGGUCUUGGCUAUUCUUGCUACACAUUCUGGACCAUAUUAUCCAUUCCAACUACAAUCUAUGCUUUCAUCCCUCAAUUAGGACUCUUCAAUGGAGUCUCCGUCUUCCCCAAGAUGUAUGAACCGUGGUUUCUCCUACACGUGUUUCUUUUCCUUGGUGCAUACGGCCAGGAUUUCAUUGAAUAUGUCAUAGAGGGAUCAAGUUUCAGGAAGUGGUGGAGCAGUCAAAGGAUGUGGAUGAUUCGGAACCUUUCGAGUUUCGCCUUUGCAACAGCGGAGUGUCUUCUUAAGCCGAUAGGCCUGUCGAGUUACGGGUUCAUUGUGACCAGCAAAGUGGUGGAUGAUGAGCAAUACAAACGAUAUUAUCGAGGGGUGUGGGAGUUUGGAGCCCCGUCCACGUUGUUUGUGCCGCCAACGACAGCGGCAAUAAUCAACUUGCUCUCAUUCAUCUGGGGAGCCGUUUUAAUAUUCAGCGGCGGCAGAGAUGUGGGGGAAAGCCUGAUUUUACAGAUGGUACUUGCAGGGUGCAUUGUGUUGAACUGCCUCCCAAUUUAUGAAGCGAUUGCCUUGAGGAGUGAUCAUGGGAAAAUGCCGGCCAAAAUUACCAUCAUUUCAACAUUUGUCGCAGGGGCUCUUUAUGCUGCAACUUCCAUUAUUUCCAAGUGGUGAUACUACUUUCUCUUUAUUGUUGAUCAAAAUAAACAGUUGAUAAAACAACAGUACUUGUAGUCUUUGCUUAUUACCACUCAGGUCAGUACUAGUAUUUGUACUUGUUUAGCGUUAUUGUACUUGUUUAGCUGUUACUUUGCAUGGGAUGGAUGUUUUAGGUUGAAAGACAAUGGGUUAUUAGGGAAAUGGCACUUCCAACCAA